AUGCCAGGAAGACCUAAAACCAGAAGAAGGAAACAUGUCACAGAGAAGGAUGGAGAGUACAGGAAGUUAAAGUCUGUUGGAGGUACAAAGAUAUGCCAGAACUAUUGGGAGGAAGGGCAUAACAAAAGAACCUGCAAGAAUCCAACUAAGCCCCAACCUCAACAGGAAAAGAAAAGAAAGGGUAGGCCAGUGACUAGGGAUGUGGCAAUGAAAAAAACAAUAGCAUCCACAAGUCAAAAGAUUCAACACACUCAGGAAAUGGAUGGGCAAAUGGAUGGACAGGCAAGGUGUAACAGUAAAAAAAAAAGGGUAAAGCAAAGGCAUCUCAAUCUGUUAAAGGGAUACAUGAAGGAUUUGAAGGUGGAUGCACAUGCUACAGAGUUUCUUGCAUCAGGAUACUCAAAGGAUGAGGUGUAUCAUCUACUAUAUGAACAAGAUUUAGAUGUUGAAGUUUUGGCUGAAGUUCCACCUGUUCUUGAAACUAUGCAUGAAGAAGUUCCACAUGUUGAAGUUUUGGCUGAAGUUGACAUUGUACCAGAAACAGAGGAUGAAGGCAUUGUUGAGACACCACCAUCCCAAAGGUUAAUGAGAACAAGGAGGCCUUCAGAGAGAAUUACUAAAAUUCAGACUGGAAUGAAGGUUGUUGGAAAGAAGGUUGUUGGACCAGGUCGAAGUAGGUUGGACCCUGUUUCUUUGGAGUAG